AUGCACUUCAAUCGCUCUUGCGCUCUCGCUGAGAUAUCCCUGCCACCAGAUGGGCUGAACGGUUAAACCCUGAGAGGGGUCAUGUCGGUUUUGCGCGCCUUCCGCCGUUGCCGUCGUACCUUUCACUCAGCUCCGCGCGGCAUGCCUAUUUUGCCUCCGCUUCCCGGGCGAGGAUUCCCUCUAUUUGUUUCCGUGUGUGGCACCCGCUGACGCCACAGACAAUAUGACAACGCCGAUCUCCCAGCAUCAACAGCAACAGCCGCAAACGUUACCGCCACAAGGAUACGUGAACAUGAACAACGUUCAACCAAAUCCUAUGAACAUUCAAGUUAACCAGGUACCUCAUAGUCAGACUUACGGGAAUGCGUCUGCUGGGCCAAGCGUUCUUAACGUCCCGAGUGGCGUGAUGUCGCACCUCGCCCAGCCUCAGUUGCAGCCACAGACCCAGCAUCAGAACCAGAAUCCGCCCCAGCAUCAACUCCAGCACAAGCCCCAGCAUCAUUCCCAGCAUCAGGCGCAGUAUCAGUUUCAGCCGCCGCAGCCGCAGCCGCAGCCGCAGCAGCAGCCUCAACCCCAAUUCCAACCUCAAGAUCCGCGCUUUGGUUCGGGGUCGGCGUCUGCAACUGUGGCAGAUCCACCGGUUUGCUUCCAGCCUGCUGCUCUUGCUGCUGCACCAAUAUAUGUCGACUUGACCGGCGAUGACAGUCCUAAAUACUCGGGGCCAGACACUGGAGUUGAGGAGCCAGAGCCUUCGCCAUUCGAUGACCUCGCAAAGGAACGAAAUUCUUCGCCAUCCGCGCAGCCCAUAAAGGUCGUCGACGCCGUCAGUCACCGGCUGGAUGUCCCACGCGUGUCAGGUGACUGUAUUCCACCUCGCGUGAGCUUGGCGACGGUUGCCGACUCGUCUUCCUUUUACCAGGCCCCCCAGCGCCCCCUCAAGCGUCCUGCCUCUGGCGCACCAGCGAGCAAGCACAAGUUCUCCGCUCCCGCGAUCCCAAACAACAAGGAUCUUGGCGCCAUCGCACCCCUCCUCACCGCUGGCUCUUUGCAGCGCGAGCGACCCGGGUUGCUGUUCAAGUGGUUCCGGAAGCGCCGCGAAGAGGAUGAAGACACGGAAGACCGGCCGCUUUUCAAGCCCAGUCCCCAGCAGCUCCUAUUGAUUAUCGAUGCUCUCCAGAAGGGAGUCUCGAACACAUAUCUCCGGAAGCUAGCCGAUGACGAUGUUUACACCGAAGUCCUCGCCCGCUGGCUCAAGGCUAUGAUCGCCGACCCAAAAACAUACGAGCAAGGCGUCACCAAUAUGUUCAAUCUGCUCGCCCGCACAAACAUGCCGGUAGACUUGAUGGAGGAGUUUAACAUUAGGGAAUUAACUGCCCAGCUCCGAGACAAGUGUGAAGAAGCGAACCUUCAGACGAUGCCCGUGAUCGAGCGUGCCUACAACCGAUACUUCAAUUACGUACAGGACGACCUGCUGCGCAAGGGCAGACGUCUGAGCGAUGACGAGGACUCGUCUUCAUCCGAAGAUGAGCGGAUUGCCAAGAAGCGCAAGAAGGACGUUCGGCCUGACGCUAAGCCAGGCAGCAAGAGUACCACGAGGCCAACUGACAAGCCAUCCGUUAGGCCGAGCGCGAAGGCUGAUAUCAAGCCGAGCACGAAGGCUGAUGUCAAGCCCAGCGUCAGCAAGACGUCUAGCAUGUCAUUCUUUUCCGGUCCACCCAAGACAGACACUAAGCCCAAGAUUCCGAACCUGCGGGGCAUGCCGGCGAUCAAGAAGCGCCCGGCCCCCCUGCAGACGCCCAGCGCCCCGGCCGGCCCUGCUCGCCCGCCCGCCGGCUCCCUUCUUGCGAGCACAAUGAACCGAUUGAAGAACGGACCGGGUUCCCCUCCGCCUACCGUCAAGGCCGAAGUAGCUCGCCCCGAGGCGAAGAAAGGCAAGGUCAACCGCAAAGGCCACACUGUACGCUGGGUCGACCACGCGCCCGGCUACAACCCUGGCGAGCGGCCUCUCGUCGCUGUGCGCGAAUUCACUGAGGCACCCCACGAGCUCGAGCCUGCCCCAUGGCGCCUGGAGGAAGGUGCACAUGGGCACUCGAUGCAGGCCAUGAACCGCGCCGAGGGCAACGUCAUGCAUCACCGGAUAUACGAUGAGGUGGAAGAGGCCAUGGAGUGGAAACCGCCAGCACCCUACGAGGCGCAGGAGGUCGGUCCAGCGGAACCCACUCCCGAAACCGUGGCGCAGGAGGCGCGCGAGCGUGCUAUUCUCGCCGUCUCGUACAUUGCUGGACAGGCGCCAAUCACGCCCGACGACAUUGGUGUGCGCAUUGUGUCACAGGGCGCCGCGACCAAGCAAAUGAAUACGCAGCACCAUUAUGCAGGGAGCCCCGCGACUCUCGAAGCGAUUCCGGUCACUGCCCCCGUUCCUCCCGCUGCUCCCGCUGCUCCCGCUGCUCCCGCUGUUCCCGCUGCCUCGUCCGUCUCCGAUCUUCUCAGCAAGCUCAACCUUCCCUACCUCACUCCAGCGGCGCCUGCCGCUCCCGUUAUCCCGGCUCCGCCCGCCCAGACCCAAGGAUACGAAUACAACCAGCACCAAAACCAGAAUCAACACCAAAACCAGCACUACGGCUACCAGGCCAGCCAGUCAGCCGACUAUCAGUCUCCUAGCUAUCAGGGCCAGUUCCAGAACCAGAACCAGAACCAGAACCAGAACCAGAACCAGGGCUCAAGCUACCAGUCGCAGUCGCAAUCGUUGGCUUCACAGAACCAGGCGGGAUUCAACAACCGCUGGGACCAGAGCCGCGCGUCAGGCUUCAACGCGCACCAGCAGCGCGCGGCACAGGGCGGGCGUGGGCAGUGGGGGCCUAACGGCCGCCCUAAUGCUCCGUACCGCGUUAGGCCGUGCAGGUUCUGGCUCAUAGGUGACUGCAAGCAGGGAGAGGCAUGUACUUUCCUGCACGAGCGCCGCUAAGCCUUCCGACCCACUCAACCUUCCUGUUAAUCAAAAUGGAAACCCUUCAUCAUUACUCUAGCAUUACAUAGCAUCACCACUACUAGCAUAGCAUUGUGCAUCCAUUCGGCAUGUCUGUAUACAGUCCCAGAGGUGCCGAGAGCC